AUGAAGUUCCGCCGGUCGAUGAAGGGGGACAAGGACAGCAGGCCACACCACAUGUCGAUUCCCCCCAAAGAUGCUAUAGCCAUUGUGCCGCCCAAGAAGGUCAUAAAAGCCCUUUACGACUACAAGGCCACCGACCCCAAUCCCAACUCGGGCUACCUCAGCUUCUCCCAAGGCGACUUCCUCCACGUCGUCGGCCGCGAAAACGACAGCGACUGGUACGAGGCCUGCAACCCGCUGCACGGCACCCGCGGCCUGGUCCCUGUCUCGUACUUUGAGGGCGUAGGCAAGACGGUGCGCGACAGCGCUGCUGGCUCAGCGACGCGCUCAUCCACGCCCCAGCAGCCCCACGACUCGGGCUACCAAGAACGCAUCACCAGCCCCGUCAACCCAAACCCAAACCCAAACCCGAAUCCCAUCCCCAACUCCACCCCACAGGACAUGAUGAGCCAAGCAGGCUUCCGCCUGUCGCGAUCAGGAAAGACGGGCGCCAUGGUCUACGGCAUCGUCAUGUACGACUUCAAAGCGGAGCGGCCAGACGAGCUCGAGGCCAAGGAGGGCGAGGCCAUCAUUGUCAUUGCCCAGUCCAAUCCCGAAUGGUUCGUCGCAAAACCCAUCACACGACUGGGCGGCCCGGGCCUGAUCCCCGUAUCUUUCAUCGAAAUUCGCGACAUGACGACAGGCCAGGCCGUUACCGACGCGCAAUCAGCUGUGACAGCCGCGGGCGUACCAAAAGUCGAGGAGUGGAAAAAGAUGGCUGCCGACUACAAAAACGGCAGCAUACCCCUCGGCAAGCUAGAAACAAACUCUAGCCAGUCGCUGCAACAGGGCAUGGAGCGCAUGAGCGUACGGAGCCAAAAUGGCGGCCAUGGCCAGUCCGGAUCGGUUUCGCACUCACGAAACGCCUCGCUCGCCCAGGGCCAGCCGCGAGGCCAAUAUCGCACAUCAGACAACCUUCUCGCGCCUGUCAAGGCGCUUGUGCCGCGCUACUGUUUCGCCGACGACAUCUUCUGGUUCAUCAUCGAAUGCCAAAUGGAGGACGGCCGAUACUGGGAGCUGCAACGAUUGUAUCAGGACUUUUACGACCUGCAGAUUCAGCUGAUUGCGACUUACCCUGUAGAGGCCGGCACCAGCGGCUCAGGGGAGCGCACACUGCCCUUUAUGCCUGGCCCUGUAACAUACGUUACCGACAACAUAUCGAACGGACGCCGCGCAAAUCUCGACGAAUACAUAAAAAACCUGCUGAAACUGGGAUCACACAUCACAAACGGACCGCUCGUCAAGGGUUUCUUCGCACCAAGACAAGGCGACUACGAGAUGGAUGCAGAUGUCGUGGCCGCCGAGGAGUACCGCCUGUCACAACAAUCCGCCCAGUCAUCAGACCCAUCGCAAGGAACCAGCAGACAAUCUUCUGCUGAUCAGCUACAGGCUACUACGCCAGUGACGCCUUACUCAACAGCGUCAAGCUACCCGAACCAUCAGCGCGGACAGUCUUCAGCCUCACAAGCAUACUCGUCCUCGCUCAAUCCCCCGCCGAUGAACCACCAACACUCGUCCACCUCUACCGCCACGAGCACCAACACGGGCACCUCUGCGCUCAAAAUCAAAGUCUGGUUUGAAGAAGACAACUGCGUCGUCAUUCGCAUGCCGGCUUCGCUCAAAUACGUCGAUCUCUAUAAUAAGCUUAAGGAGAGACGGAAGAUGGAGAGGCCUGGGGAGCCGGAGGAGGAUCUGAAUGUCGAAUACAGGGACGAGCAAGAGGGGUACUUUUACCCGAUUGAGAAUGAUGAGGACCUGGUGAUUGCGGUGGAUCGGAAUCCCAAGUUGACGCUUAGUGUUACCACGAGGCGAUAG